GUUUAAUUUUAUUCUCCAUACAAUGAGUUAUACGUAGUGUAUACAAUAUACUGUAAGAUUGAGACCAAACCUCCAUCGGUUGCUAUAUUCUCAAGCCACCAGCAACGACCUUAGUCCUAGUAUAUAUCACUUUAAAAUAAUAUUAAUAUUAAUAUUACAAGUAAUAGCUAUGGGAUAUGCAACAUACCACCAAAGCCCAAAUAAAAGAUGGAAAAAGACCAAAAGAACCACGAGAAUCAAUCUCAUUCCACGGGAUAUUAUAGUCGGUAUUUUGGCCAGAGUUGCUGCUCAUUCUCUACCGGAUUUACUUCAUGCCAAACUCAGCUGCCAUGAGUGGAAUGAAUUGGGGGAUGACGUGGACGUGUAUAAACAAGCAUCUCUAGCUGACUUCCCAGUUAUUUUGGGUUGGAAGCCAGAAAGUGCUGAAAAGAAAAGAAAAGUGGCUUCCUUUUUGAACAAGUGUAUGGAUGCCCAGAAUCUAGAAGUUUUGUUCAGGACAGGAGUGGUAUAUAUCAAUAUCUUUUAUCUUAUACGUAUAAUACCAAAUCAAUACAUAAAAUUCUUCACUAAGUCAACUAAUAUUUAAUUAAUCGCAGGUCGGUUAUUUUAGCGGACGAGAACAAGAAUACGCAUUGAAGUGUUUGAGGAAGGCAGGGAAUGCGGGACAUGUGGGAGCAGUAUAUGCAAUCUCCAUAAUUUCCAUGCUAUUCAUGGGAGGUGAACACAAGGAGAAAGGAAUGGAGGUGUUGAGUGCCAUGAAGAAGUCGGAUGAAUUGCGAGUGAAAGUUGGAGAAGCUCGUCGGGAACUAAUAUCGAUCUUGAAAGAGAUUUGGAUUGGGAGUUUUGUGGUUCAUAGGCAAAAACCAGUUUUUUGCACCAGAAGAGAUCAUUCUUGUAUGAAGACGGGCUGGGAUGCGGGCGAAGAGAACUUGAGCAUUGAUUGCACUUAUUGUAAAUGUGAUUUUGAAAUUUCUGUCAUAGAUAGUGUUCUUCCAUCUCCAUUAAAUAAUAAUGUGGUUUAACCAGCACAUAAUUAUGACCGAAUUCUACUAUCCUCUAUCUUUGUAACAUUCCAUUUUUUACAUGCAAUUUGCUUGUGCACAAUUUUU